AUGGACUCAACCAAAACAAAUAAUAAAUGGGCGGCAGCUGGAAUUUUAAAUUCAGUUGGUAAAGACUUUGUAGCAGGUUCAGUUGGUGGAAUGUCUUCGAUUAUGGCAGGUCAUCCAUUUGAUACCAUUAAAGUUAUGUUGCAAGAUGCUUCAGGAAAUUUACCAAAAUUUAAAAAUGGUUUCCAAGCUUUAAAAUAUAUUAUGAAAGUUGAUGGAAUUAAAGGAAUAUAUAGGGGAUUAUCAGUUCCACUUUUUAGUGUUUCAUUUACAAAUUCAGUUUUCUUUGCAACAAAUAACUUUUGUCAAAGUUAUUUUCAUCCACCUUGUAAAGAUGAAAAUGGUGAAGAUAUUUUAAUACCAUAUCAUAAAGCUGCAGCGGCAGGAGCGAUAGCAGGUGGGGUUAUAUCAUUAUUAAUUACACCAAGAGAUUUAGUGAAAUCGAAAUUACAGGUUCAAUGUAGACCAUUUGGAUCGACCAAUGUUUCUCUUCAAUAUAAAGGACCAAUCGAUGUAAUUAGACAAACGAUUAAAAGGGAUGGAAUUAAAGGAAUGUUUAAAGGUAUAAGAUCAACUUUUUGUCGUGAUAUUCCAGGUGAUGCUGUUUAUUUUGUAGUUUAUGAAUUUAUGAAAAGAAAAUUAUUAGCUCUUUCAAAAAACAACAAUAACAAUAAUAAUAAUAAUGAUAAUAAUGAUAAUUCAUCACCAAAAGCAGGUGUACCAGCAUGGGUUGCCAUUGGUGCUGGUGGUUGUGCUGGUAUGUCAUUUUGGAUGUCAAUUUAUCCAAUGGAUGUAGUUAAAACUAGAAUUCAAACUCAACCUGAUCAUUUACCACCACAAUAUACAAGUGUUUUACAAACUAUCACUAAAAUCUAUAGAGAGGAAGGAAUAUCAGUAUUCUUUCGUGGUUUUAGUGCUACCAUUUUAAGAGCUUUUCCAACUAGCGCUGUAAAUUUCUUAAUGUACGAAACCACAAGAAAUUUAUUAAAUUCAAAAGAUCCAUUUUAUAAUAACAACGAUCAUUAUAAUGCCGAAUAA